AUGCCCGCCGCCAGCCUGCUGCCGCUCUUCGGUAGCGCGGCGGGGCCGGGGGCGCUGGGCGGCCCCGCGGGCGGCGGCGCGGGCGGCGGGGGCAGGAAGGCGGCGGGCCCCGGCGCGUUCCGGCUGACGGAGAAGUUCGUGCUCCUGCUGGUGUUCAGCGCCUUCAUCACCCUCUGCUUCGGGGCCAUCUUCUUCCUGCCCGACUCCUCCAAGCUCCUCAGCGGCGUCUUCUUCCACUCGGCCGCCCUGCAGCCGCCGCCGCCGCCGCCCGGCGGGCAGCCCCGCGCCCCGCCGCAGCCCGGGGGCGGCCCGGCGGCGGGGGCGGCGGCGCCGGCCGCGGGCGGGGCGGGCAGCCUGGAGCGGAUCCGCGCGGACCACGAGCGGGCUCUGCGGGAGGCCAAGGAGACGCUGCAGAAGCUGCCCGAGGAGAUCCGCAGGGACAUCCGCCAGGACAAGGAGAAACUUCUGCAGGACGCCCGCGGCAGGAAGGAGGCGGGCGCCCCGGGGCUGCCCCAGCGCCUCUUCCGCCAGCCCGUCGGCGCCGUGGGGCAGGAGCCCGCCGACCCCGCCGUCCGGCAGAGGAGGGCCAAAAUCAAAGAGAUGAUGAAACAUGCCUGGGAUAAUUAUAAGCGUUACGCAUGGGGAUUAAAUGAACUGAAACCCAUAUCUAAGCAAGGACAUUCAAGCAAUUUAUUUGGUAACAUUCAAGGAGCAACAAUAGUGGAUGCCCUUGAUACACUAUACAUCAUGGAAAUGAAAGAGGAAUUCAAGGAAGCCAAGGAGUGGGUUGAAAAAAACUUAGAUUUCAAUGUGAACGCUGAAAUUUCAGUAUUUGAAGUGAACAUUCGUUUUGUUGGUGGACUACUUUCAGCUUACUAUCUUUCAGGAGAAGAGGUUUUUCGAAAAAAGGCAGUGGAGCUUGGAGAGAAAUUGCUACCUGCUUUCAACACUCCCACUGGGAUACCUUGGGCGUUGCUUAAUAUCAAGAGUGGAAUCGGUCGAAAUUGGCCAUGGGCCUCUGGCGGCAGCAGCAUUUUGGCAGAAUUUGGGACUUUGCAUAUGGAGUUUGUACACUUGAGCCACCUGUCUGGAAACCCUGUCUUUGCUGAAAAGGUAAUGAAUAUUCGAAAAGUUCUAAAUCGACUGGAUAAACCAGAGGGCCUUUACCCCAACUAUCUGAAUCCCAGCAGUGGCCAAUGGGGCCAGCAUCACGUCUCCAUUGGAGGGCUUGGGGAUAGCUUUUAUGAAUAUUUGCUCAAGGCAUGGCUGAUGUCGGACAAGACAGAUGAAGAAGGCAAGAAAAUGUAUUAUGAUGCUGUUCAGGCCAUAGAGACCCACCUCAUUCGAAAAUCAAGCGGGGGGCUGACAUACAUCGCUGAGUGGAAGGGUGGACUGCUUGAACACAAGAUGGGACAUCUCACUUGUUUUGCUGGAGGCAUGUUUGCUCUAGGAGCAGACGGAGCACCUAAUGACAAGACGGGCCAUCACAUUGAGCUUGGUGCUGAAAUUGCUAGGACUUGCCAUGAAUCCUAUGAUCGUACAAGCAUGAAACUGGGACCAGAAGCCUUCAGAUUUGAUGGUGGUGUUGAGGCCAUCGCUACAAGACAAAAUGAAAAAUACUACAUCCUACGACCAGAAGUCAUAGAGACCUACAUGUACAUGUGGCGGCUCACUCAUGACCCAAAGUACAGGCAGUGGGGAUGGGAAGCUGUAGAGGCACUGGAAAAACACUGCAGAGUAGAUGGUGGCUAUUCUGGCAUUAGAGAUGUUUAUAACAAUCAUGAAAGCCAUGAUGAUGUGCAGCAAAGUUUCUUCCUUUCAGAAACACUCAAGUACUUGUAUUUGCUGUUUUCUGAAGAUGAUCUUCUUCCAUUCGAACACUGGGUCUUCAACACAGAGGCUCAUCCUCUCCCUGUUCUUCACAAAGACGAUGGGAAUAAAGAAGAAAACCAGAAAUAGAUGAAGAUUAAGUUAUACUUUGUUUCAUUCCUUAUGUUUCUUUCCAGGACUUGGGCACAUGAUUUGGUUUUAAAUUCCUGAGUUAAAUUUUUAAAUCAAGUGUUUUGCAGUCUGUUUUCUUUAACAGUAAAUAUUUAUGAAUGGACCCAAACUAAUUAUGAUAAAACCUCAGUCCUCUAAUCCAGCUGAACCACUUCUUAGAAGAGAAAUAGGACAUCUCUCCAGAUUUUGUUAGGCUGCAGUGUCAUCUUGGCCAAAAAGAGCAGAGGGUCUGCAUGUUACUUGUUUCCUGUUGUGCUUUUAAUUUGACUGCAAAAUUCUUUUCUCCUCUGUGAGGAGAUGUCUGCUUUAAGCUGUAAUAUUUUGCCAUGUUGCAAAAAGCCAUAUUGAAUUAAGUAUAAAGAGCUUUUUUUCUU